AUGGCUCCGGCGCAGCGCUGCUCUCUGUGCCGCCAGACCUUCUUCUGCGGCCGCGGGCACGUCUACAGCCGCAAGCACCGGCGGCAGCUGCAGGCAGCUUUGGACCGGCUCCUGCCGCAGGUGGAGGCCGCCCGCAAGGCCGUGCGCUCGGCGCAGGUGGCGCGGUACGUGCCGGAGCACGAGCGGCGCUGCUGGUGCCCGUGCUGCGGCUGUGAGGUGCGCUUGCACCUCAGCCACGGGACCCUGACGGUGCUGCACGGGGGGCUGCUGGAGCACCUGGCCAGCCCAGAGCAUAGGAAAGCCACAAACCGGUUCUGGUGGGAGAACAAGGCUGAGUUUCAGAUGAAAGAGAAGUUCCUCAUCUCCCCUCAGGAUUUUGCACAAUUCAAGAAAUCCAUGGUGAAAGGUUUGGAUUCCUAUGAGGAAAAAGAGGACGAGGUGAUCAAACAGAUGGCAGCUCACAUCCGGGCGGUGGAGCACAGCCGGCAGGAGGUGGUUCGGUCCAUCUUAGAGGUUGGUUUCCCUCGGAGAAGCCAGAGCAUCUCAGGCAGUGCCAGACCCAGAAGAGGGCUCUUCGGCACCUGGAAGCUGGAAAGGGACAACCAGUCAAGUAGCCUCCACCUCACAGUGGCCUUCAUACUUGGACCUGCCCCCUGCCCCUGA